CUCUUCCUUGGCCCGUGGCGCCAUACGAGCUCGGUCCGCCGCUGUAAGUCUUCAUAAAAACAUAGGGAUAAUCUCCGGUGCGCAUUGUGCGCGCAGGCACAGACGGAUCCAGUUACCAAUUUUACCAACACCGAGCCACGUGACUCAAUCCUCCUCAUUUUUAAGUGCUCCUGCUCCUACUCCUGCAGCUCCUGCCGUGUAAUUCAAAGAGCUGUUAAAUGCUCGCCUUGUGCCAUCUCACCGACUUUCGCACCUUUGGCAUCUUCUGCAUCAGCCGAGAAACUUCUACACCGACAAAAAACCCACUCCAGCCUUUAAAGAGUUUUUUUCUUUAGCUUUUUAUUCAUCGGUUUUCGUGCGUCCUACAGACGUUUCCCACACUUUGAUCCGCGGACCCAGGAUGGCACCGAAGCGCAGAGGCGCGUUUCGCUCCUGGGUUUUACUGAUCCGUGUGAUAAUCUGCAGCACGGUGCUAUGUCCCGCCGCUGCCUCCCUCUACAACAACCGCUACGCAGGGGAUCAAGUCUUCAGGAUAACUCCGGGGAACGAUGAGGAGGUUCAAGUGCUCAAGAAGGUUCUGUCGCACAUGAAGGUAGACUUCUGGCAGCCCAACAGUGUUUCCAUGAUCCAUCCCAACAACACAGUGGACGUCCACGUGAAACACAGCCUCACACAGAGUCUACAUGCGCACUUAAAACAACGACAUAUUGAUUAUCGGGUAUUUAUCUCCAAUCUGCAGAAGGAAAUUGAAAAGCAGACAGGACACCGCUCCACCCGCAAACGGAGGUCAGAGUCUGAGUACGACUACGAGGUUUACCACCCCCUGCAGGAGAUCCAGAGUUGGAUGUUUGAGAUGAACAGGACCCACCCUUACCUGGUCCACAUGUUCUCUAUCGGGAAGUCAUACGAGGGAAGGCCACUGUACGUUCUUCAGGUAGGACAGAUGGGAGGAGAGACAGUCGAAAAUGUCACACGGUUAUUUGUUUUUAGGAUCAUUUUAAAAACGGUUUUUGCCUCUUGUCAGCUAGGAAAGAGAAGCCGUCCCCAGAAGAAAGCUGUGUGGAUCGACUGUGGCGUCCAUGCCAGGGAGUGGAUCGGUCCGGCCUUCUGCCAGUGGUUUGUGAAAGAGGCCAUCAACUCUUACAAGUAUGACUCAGUGAUGAGGCGACUGCUCAACCAGCUCAACUUCUACAUCAUGCCUGUCUUUAAUGUGGAUGGAUAUCACUUCAGCUGGACCACGGAUCGGUUCUGGAGGAAAACAAGGUCCAAAAAUCACAAGUUCCACUGCAGAGGCGUGGACGCUAACAGAAACUGGAAAGUGAAGUGGUGUGAGGAAGGUGCCUCGUACCAUCCCUGCGAUGACACCUACUGUGGUCCUUUUCCCGAGUCAGAGCCUGAGGUCAAGGCCGUCGCCAAGUUUCUGCGUAAGCACAAGAAGCGUGUGAAGGCCUACAUAUCCAUUCAUGCCUACGCACAGAUGUUGCUCUACCCUUAUUCCUACAAGUACGCAGCGAUCCCAAACUUCGACUGUGUGGAGUCAGCAGCUCACAAUGCAGUGACAGCCUUGUACUCUGCCUACGGAGUCAAGUACAGAUAUGGACCUGCCUCCACAACUCUGUAUGUGAGUUCAGGCAGCUCCAUCGACUGGGCCUACAGGAACGGCAUCCGCUACGCCUUUGCAUUUGAAUUGAGGGACACAGGAUACUAUGGCUUCCUGCUGCCUGAAACCCUCAUCAAUCCCACCUGCACGGAGACCACAAGGGCUGUGAAAGCCAUCGCAUCAGGUCUCCUAAAAAAGUGUGAGUCUUAUAGGGAUGUUUUUCCAUAUUUAUAAAAUCGUACCACAGCCUUCUGGACCAAUUCCUUCACCGAAACUUAUUUAAAUGGCUUGUUUUCCUCAAAAUCUUUUAUAGUACACGACUAAGGGAAAAACUGCAAACAUUUACAACAUGGACUUGAGUCUGUUUUUUCUUUCUUUUUUUUUUUUGGUUAUCCACCUCCAUUUUUUUUCUGUUUUCUGGGACAAUAUGAAGUCACAGUAGCUUAGUUUUGUGUUCCAAAACCACAAACCGUCGCGCCAGUCUGUUUUACACACAGUGCUAUGAAAUUAUUGUGGUUGUUCUGGAACCUCCAGUUGGACCAAUGUACUACGACGAGUGGCAUCUGACCUCAGAUUUUAUUAUUAAAUAAGCUUUUCUUUUAUUCAGCUAAAUGUUAGACAAAUACAGUAAGCACUUGACACAACAGCACUUUUAGAAAGUACAAUAUCAACUUUGUCUUCCAGAAAAUGCUUUCCAUCAGACACAUUUUAAUUGCAGAUCGGUGUAUUGUUGUUCAUUCAUUAUUCUGGAGACACUUUUAAUUAAUUCUUCUGUUUUCUCAUUAACAUUUUUAAUCUCUCCGCCUAACGUAUUGGUGUCUUAUUCACUGCAUCAUUGAUGUUGUAGAUAAUGUAUUUGACUUGACUUGUUUUGGUCCUAAUUGAGAUUCCUAAUUUAAUGGAACAUAUUUUUCCUCCCAUUUAUGUUUUACACUCAAAUAUGAAUAUGAACGUCGGUCUGUUCCUAACUGUGUCAUUACUCAGGUAUUAACAAUGCAUCAGUGUCACGUUGUGUAUGGUUUUUUUAAAGCUUUGAUU